CCUAGCGUUGCUGUAAUUUGGCCGCCAUCUUAAUUUUGAAGGAACAUCAGUGAUCUCCAACAAAAGAGACCUUUGGAAAUGGCAGAUUUUGACGAGCCCAUCUCAGACCAAGAAAAGGUGCGGAUAGCUUCUGACUUCAUCAAACACGCCCCACCAGGAGAAUUCAACGAAGUCUUCAACGAUGUUCGCAUUUUGUUGAACAACGACAGUCUGUUGAAGGAGAAAGCUUCGAGCUCUUUUUCAGCCUAUAAUAAGGAACAGUUCACACCAGUGAAACUUGAAGGUGCAAAUGAACAGGUAUUGGUGACCAGACAUGGUGAACUAUCUGAUGGAAGAUUUUAUGAUCCUCGAAGUAAACAAAGCUUCCAGUAUGACCACUUGCGUAAGGAAGCAAGUAAUCCUAGUGCACACAGUGCUAAUCCAACAGCUGAAGCAUGGAGGGCAGCUGUUGAAGAGAGUGUGACAAGUUAUGUCAGAGAGCAUUACCCUCAUGGAGUCUGUACAGUCUAUGGAACUAUGUCUGGCGGAUCAAUCAAGUUGAUUGUUUGUAUAGAGGAUCACCAGUUUCAACCACAAAACUUUUGGAAUGGUAGGUGGCGUUCAGAGUGGUCUGUGUCAUUCCAGCCAUCAGGUGGAAGCGUGGAAGUCACUGGUGUCCUCAAAGUGCAGGUUCAUUACUAUGAAGAUGGCAAUGUUCAGCUUGUGUCAUCCAAAGAAGUGAAGGAAAAUCUUAAAGUAACAAGUGAAGCUGGAACAGCAAAGCAUUUUUUACAGAUAAUAGACACUGCAGAAAGUGACUACCAGAAAGCGCUCUCAGAAAACUACACUACCAUGUCACAGACUACUUUUAAGGCUUUACGAAGGCAGCUUCCCAUUACACGAACCAAAGUUGACUGGAACAAGAUUCUUGGUUAUAAGAUUGGACAGGAACUAAAAAGUUCAUAAGGCAACAUCACCAAAAGUAGUCAUUGGAAUUACCUUUUUUAUAAAAAAAAGAGUCCACUUUGGGCUCUGCAUGCUGUUACCAAUCUACUAAAUGGUUAUAACUGAAAUAUUAAGUGUAGAAUAGCUUUACCACUGGUAGAUAUUUGAAUAAUGAUUUAAAGUGACUUUGGUUUGUUGGAAUACAGUUCAUACUUAUGUGUACCAAACUUGCAGAACAAAUCUUUUUUUCUUCCAAAUUAGAAGUUGAUUCUUGUAAGAUAAUUUUAAAGGAAGAAAAUUGAGCUGUUUAAUAUGUACAGACAGUUGAGGCAGAUUAAUAAAAGUUAUUGGAAAAGCAGUG